UGAGGUGUCUAACCCCUGAAGUUCCGGUUCGCAGGGGGUGGGGAGUGUUGUUAGCCCGAGCGGCCGCCGCAGUCGCGGGGAUUGAGCGGGCUCGCGGCGCUGGGCUCCUGGUCUCCGGGCCAGGGCAAUGUUCCGCACUGCAGUGAUGAUGGCGGCCAGCCUGGCGCUGACCGGAGCCGUGGUGGCUCAUGCCUACUACCUCAAACACCAGUUCUACCCCACUGUGGUGUACUUGACCAAGUCCAGCCCCAGCAUGGCAGUCUUGUACAUCCAGGCGUUCGUCCUUGUCUUCCUGUUGGGUAAGGUGAUGGGCAAGGUGUUCUUUGGGCAACUAAGAGCAGCAGAGAUGGAGCACCUACUGGAGCGUUCCUGGUAUGCUGUUACUGAGACCUGUCUGGCCUUCACUGUAUUCCGGGAUGACUUCAGCCCCCGCUUUGUUGCACUCUUCACCCUCCUCCUCUUUCUGAAAUGUUUCCACUGGUUGGCUGAGGAUCGUGUGGACUUUAUGGAACGGAGUCCCAAUAUCUCCUGGCUUUUUCACUGCCGCAUUGUCUCUCUUAUGUUCCUCCUGGGUAUCCUGGACUUCCUCUUCGUCAGCCAUGCCUAUCAUAGCAUCCUGACCCGUGGGGCCUCUGUGCAGCUGGUGUUUGGCUUUGAGUACGCCAUCCUGAUGACCAUGGUGCUCACCAUCUUCAUCAAGUAUGUGCUGCACUCCGUGGACCUCCAGAGUGAGAACCCCUGGGACAACAAGGCCGUGUACAUGCUCUACACAGAGCUAUUCACAGGCUUCAUCAAGGUUCUGCUAUACAUGGCCUUCAUGACCAUCAUGAUCAAGGUGCAUACCUUCCCACUCUUUGCCAUCCGGCCCAUGUACCUAGCCAUGAGGCAGUUCAAGAAAGCUGUGACAGAUGCCAUCAUGUCUCGCCGAGCCAUCCGCAACAUGAACACACUGUAUCCAGAUGCCACCCCGGAGGAACUCCAGGCAAUGGAUAAUGUCUGCAUCAUCUGCCGAGAAGAGAUGGUGACUGGUGCCAAGCGACUGCCCUGCAACCACAUCUUCCACACCAGCUGCCUGCGCUCCUGGUUCCAGCGGCAGCAGACCUGCCCUACCUGCCGUAUGGAUGUCCUGCGGGCAUCCCUGCCAGCCCAGUCACCGCCACCUCCUGAGCCAGCAGAUCAGGGGCCACCUCCUGCCCCUCACCCCCCACCACUCCUGCCCCAGCCCCCCAACUUCCCCCAGGGCCUCCUGCCUCCUUUUCCUCCAGGGAUGUUCCCACUAUGGCCCCCCAUGGGCCCCUUUCCCCCUGUCCCACCUCCUCCCAGCUCAGGAGAGGCUGUGGCCCCUCCAACCACCAGUGCAGCAGCCCUUUCUCGGCCCAGUGGAGCAGCCACAACCGCAGCUGCUGGCACCAGUGCUGCUCCCACCUCUGCCCCUGCCCCUGGCUCUGCCUCAGCCCCAGAGGCUGGCCCUGCCCCAGGCUUCCCCUUCCCGCCUCCCUGGAUGGGUAUGCCUCUGCCCCCACCCUUUGCCUUCCCCCCAAUGCCUGUGCCCCCUGCGGGCUUUGCUGGCCUGACCCCAGAGGAGCUGCAGGCUCUGGAGGGCCAUGAGCGGCAGCAUCUGGAGGCCCGUCUGCAGAGCCUGCGCAACAUCCACACACUGCUGGAUGCUGCCAUGCUGCAGAUCAACCAGUACCUCACUGUGCUGGCUUCCCUGGGGCCUCCCCGGCCUGCCACGGUGGUCAGCCCCACAGAGGAGACUUCCCCUACAGUUGUCGCUGCUGCCUCCUCCACCAGCAUUCCCAGCUCUGAGCCCACCACUCCAUCCCCAGGCACCUCCCCAUCAGCUCUGGAAACGGAAAAGCCUCCAGCUCCUGAGUCAGUGGGCACAGAGGAGCUGCCUGAGGAUGGGGAACCUGAUGCUGCAGAGCUCCGUCGCCGCCGCCUGCAAAAGUUGGAAUCCCCCAUUGCCCACUGACACUGUCCUAGUCCUGGCUCCUGCCCCCACUCUCGAGCAGCCCUCGCUGGAAUAUGUCCUGCCACCAAGUGCCAGCUCCCUCUGUCUGCAGCAGGGAGUAGUAACCCCCAGCUCUGAGAACGAGGUGGUGGCAUCCCCAAGGCCAAGUGGAGAGAGGCCUGAGAGUUCCCAGCUGACUCCCAGCUUGCAGGAUCCCAGGCAGCCAUGGGGAUCUUGGGUCUGUUCCAGCCCGUCUCUCCAACUCUUCAGCCCUGUGUUCAGCUGGGGCCAUGAAGGCAAGAGGUUCAGCCUCUGAGCAGCUCUCUUCUCUCUCACCCCUUCCUGGGAGAAGAGGCAGCCCCUUGGAGCCCUGCUCUUGUGUGUGGAGUCACUGCAGUGCCGAACAGUAUUAGCUCCCAUUCUCAAGUACGGACUCCAGAGGGGCUGGAGACAGGCCAGGAACUGCUCCCUGGCCCACCGCCAAGACUGGUACUGACAUCCUUUUCUUACCCUCAUCUCCCCAGAAGCCCCUUGUGGUGGUGGCUGUGCCCCCUAUGCCCUAUGGCAUUUCCAUGUCUUACUGGCAACCACAAAACUCAGGGAAAGGAGUGCCUGGGGGCUGGGGGGCAGGCGGGCAGCACUGAGGGACCCUGCCCCUCCCAUCCCCCCAGGUCCCUUUCCCCUGCAGCUUCUCAGGUGAGACCAACCAUCUCACCCAGCAGCCACUGCCCAGCCACAUUCCAGGCUGAGGGCUAGUGUGUCUGCUCCUUAACCACUGCAAGCCCAGAACCCAAGGAAGGCCACUUCUCAACUUGCAGAAUUUUUCUUGCAUUUACAAGAAUUGGAAUACUUCCUUACUAGAGUCUUUUGGCUUAACUUUUGUCUUUUGAAUUUGAAUGCUUGACCCCAGGAAAGAGCAGCAGGAAAGA